AUGGAUAGAAAUGGAGAAUCAAUCUUUACAUCAUAUUUUUGGAGGGAAAUUAAUGAGUCAUUUUUCAUGGUUCACUCUCCUAUUAAUCUCUGUGAAAUCAAUCUCUUCAAAAAGAAAAGUAAUCAUUUUAUUCAUAAAAUAGUGUCUAAUUAUGUAAACGUAAAUUGUCAUAAAUUAUUAGAUAAAAUACUCAAAUUAAGUAACAGAUCUAAAUUAUCUUAAUUAAACUUUAUCAACUUAAAACAGAGACUUUCAUUACUUUUUUAAUCAAGAUAAUAACAUUCAGAACCCAUUUAAAAUUUAAUUGAUGAAUUAAUAGAUUAAAUUUGUUUUGCUCAUCUUAUUGAAGGAUUACAACAAUCAUAAGAUCUCAUUAAAAAUAUGUCUCAAAUGUCUGAGUAACAAUAAUAACUAAUUUAUCAUUAAGAAAAUUAAAUAUUAACUAAUUUACAUCAGAUGAUAGAUUGUCAAGAUGAAUUAGCUUAAUAGAUCCAAUCACUUGAAUAGUAACUUGAAUAACUUAACAAUUCAAAUUCUCUUUCAUAGUAAAAUUCUCCCUUUAUUUUAUUAGACUUGAAUAACAUGUUAAUGAAAUCAAUAAUACUCUAUUCUUCACCUACACUUCUUAAAUUAUUCAAGAUCAUUCCAUCAAAUUAACCAGAAUCAGAAUUAAAAAUCAUUAAGAAGAACUAUCAAUAUUGAAGGAUCUAAUUAUUUUACAUCAAAAUUAUCAAGUUGCUGAAAGUAUUGGUAAAGCAACCUUUAAUGAAUCAAGUAAAAUUCAAAUUAACUAUUUUUUUAUAGGUAACACCAUUACUGUAAUCUUUGAUAAGUAUUUGAGUCAUACUUAAAUUGAUCUCAACUUAGAACAUUUCGCUAACCUUCAAAAAUUAAGAGAAGUACCUUAUGAAUUUUCUGAUUAAUUACCUGGUCUCAGAUCUGAUGUAAAUCUAUAUCUAUUCAUUUAGGAUGUUUUCGAAAUGUAGAUGUGUCAUUUUUGUAAAUAAAUGGUUGAUAUUAAAAAUCUUAAAUAGUGUUCAUAUAAUCAUUAUUCAAUGGGAUUAAAUGAAUACAAUGAAGAUUUAUUAAUUUGUUAAAGAUAUUAAAUUAAUGCAAAGUCUUAAUAAUAAUAUUUUUUAGAUCUUUAUUCUACCAAUUACAUUAUUGAAAGUAUGUUAAAUUAUAACUUAUUAUAGAUUAAUAGAUCUAAUGCAAAAGAUACUUUUGUUUUAAAUGCUUGAAGUAUGAAUUUGAUUCUUAUGAAACCACACAAUUUUUAUGGAUUUGUCCUCUAUGUAAAGUAAAUAUCUCACUAUUCCCAUUUAGGGAUUAUGUUCUUGUGUUAGAUGUUCAAAAAAUGAUAUUAUUUAUAAAUUAAAGAGGUAAUACCUAGAACUUAAUGGAGAUUUAGAUGAUAUUUAUUAAUCCUCUUACUUUGAAAUGCUUGUGUAGGAAAAACGAAAAUUAAUAAAAAACAUUCCUAUAGAAUUUAAUGUAUUUAAAACGAAAUAAGAAAACAAUGAUGAUACCUUAACACCAAAAAGUAAUCUUAAACAUAAAAAGUCAAUCACUAAAAGAAUGAUCAAAAAGAAGAUCAAAAAAAAUGAUUCCUUAAUGAAUUCAAAAUCACAUAAACUUACACAGAUGGAGAGUUCAUCAUCAUCAGAUAAAAUUAAAAUAUCAAAAGAAAUUAAAAGAAGAUCUUUAUUUUUUAAUAAUAAUCAUAAUGAUCCUUCUAACUAAUAAAUCUUUAUCUAAUGA